CGGCGGGCCAACUGGCUCAUGGGGAUUGACAACGGAACCUGGCCACUGCUCGGACUGCCAGCCCCUGGGUUGGGGACCAUUAGCCAAGUAGCUAAAAAUUCGGUUGUCCGGGGGGGGGAUCCCCUUGGGGCCGAGACGGGCGGGUGUGUUUGAGUGUAGCCGAAUUUGGAUACCACACAAUUUUCAGAAGGGCCUAUGACUCUUUCUUUCGUCCUACACAACUUUUCGCUUUUCAAGUCAUCCCACUCACCUUAUCUGGCUCUCUACUUGUUUGCGACAAACUGCAGCCCUCGGCGCCCUCCGAGAGCAAGCAGAAAGGCCCCUCGAGUUCUCGCUGACUGUUUGGAUAGAGUCGCUUCCUCAACGCCUGCAGGCUCCUACCAAAGGCCCCUCUGCCCGGCGACCUCGACGACCGAAGACCUCACGAGCCAAGCUUCACCAUGUGCGGCAUCUUCGCCUGCCACAACCACCCGGAUGUGGUCAAGUUCAAGCCGACUGCUCUGAAACUCUCCAAGGCAAUUCGGCAUCGGGGACCCGAUUGGAGCGGCAGUGUCACCUGCCACAACACAAUUCUGUGCCAUGAGCGUCUCAGCAUCGUCGGCGUUGAAAGUGGAGCGCAGCCACUCACCAACGCCGAUGAGAGCAUUAUCCUGGCCGUCAAUGGCGAGAUUUACAACCAUCGUCUGAUCCGGAAGAGCCUGAAGAAGCCAUACCACUUCAAGACUGCCUCGGACUGCGAGGUCAUUAUUCCUCUGUAUAUGGAACACGGUCUCGAUGCGCCCAAGCACCUCGAUGGCAUGUUCUCCUUCGUCUUGUACGACAAGAACCUGGACCGCAUCAUCGCCGCCCGCGAUCCGAUCGGCAUCACCACCCUUUACCAGGGCUGGUCGUCCGAGCAACCCGGCACCGUCUACUUUGCCUCCGAGCUCAAGGCUCUGCACCCCGUGUGCGACAAGAUCGAAUCGUUCCCGCCUGGGCACAUCUACGACAGCGCGACCGGUGAGCGGAUCCGGUAUUUCCAGCCGUCAUGGUGGGACGGCCAGAGGAUCCCGGAGAAGCCGGCGGAUCUGAAGCUGCUGCGCGAGACGCUCGAGAAGUCGGUCAGGAAACGUCUCAUGGCCGAGGUCCCGUACGGUGUCCUGCUUUCCGGCGGCCUGGAUUCCAGCCUGGUUGCGUCCAUUGCCCAGCGGGAGACGAAACGGCUACGGAAGCUGGCAGAGGAGGCCAACGGCAGCGCCUUUGAGCAGACGGGCGAUGCGGACCGGGGCGAAGGAUUGGUUGGCAUUGACGACGAGAACAAGCUGUCGACCAUGACCUUCCUGCCCCAGCUCAACUCCUUCUCGAUCGGUCUCCCCGGGUCGCCCGACAACGAGGCGGCGCUCGAGGUCGCCAAGUUCCUCGGUACCAAGCAUCACGUCAUGACCUUCACGAUUGAGGAUGGCCUCAACGCGCUUUCGGACGUCAUCUACCACCUGGAGACGUACGACGUGACCACCAUCCGCGCCUCCACGCCCAUGUACCUGCUCUCGCGCAAGAUCAAGGCCAUGGGUAUCAAGAUGGUACUCAGCGGCGAGGGCAGUGACGAAAUCUUCGGCGGCUACCUGUAUUUCCACGGCGCGCCCAACAAGGCCGCCUUCCACGAGGAGUGCGUGCGCAGGGUGAAGAACCUGCAUCUCGCUGAUUGCCUGCGCGCCAACAAGUCGACUUCGGCCUGGGGUCUUGAGGCCCGCGUGCCCUUCCUGGAUAAGGAGUUCCUUGAGGUCUCCAUGAACAUUGACCCCCAGGAGAAGAUGAUCACGUCCGAGAGGCUUGAGAAGUACAUUCUUCGCAAGGCCUUCGACACCAGCGAUGAGCCCGACACGGAGCCGUACCUCCCUGAGAGCAUCCUUUGGCGCCAGAAGGAGCAGUUCUCGGACGGCGUUGGCUACGGGUGGAUCGAUGCUCUCAAGGAGCAUGCCGAGCGGCACGUCACCGACGAGAUGAUGAAGAACCCCAAGCCCGAGUGGGGCUCGGAUAUCCCGGAUACCAAGGAGGCGUACUGGUACCGCCUCAUGUUCGACGAACACUUCCCGCCGUCGUGCGCCUCGACCGUCAUGCGGUGGACCCCUAAGUGGUCCAAGCAGACUGACCCCAGUGGCCGGGCCAUCCCCAUCCACAAGGCCAAGUACAACGAUGCUUAAAUCAAGGGGUAUUCUCGUGUCUGUUUGUACAUAGAAAGGCUCGGAUCGUUUCCGGUCUGUCAUCCUCAUGGUUCAUCAUUGGGUUGAAGUAGGGUCAAAUAUCUUGACACAUGAAAAAUACGAGAUUGGUCAGAUAGCCGAUGAUAUGUUCCCUAACUUGUAUAUGUGCGUGUCGUGUGUGUGUGUGUGCGUGCGUGUGAGUGCAGCAAACACAGAGAGAAGAGAAAAAGGAGGGGAGCGAGUGAGAAAGAGAAAGAGGAGAGGCUGUUGAGUAGUGGAUGAUGAGACGCGGCAAAUAUGGUCACUAACCCAUUUGCAAUCUCAAUGAUCUCUGGACAAGCAAGUCAUAAAAUAAGGUACUCC